AUGGAAUUACUUCAAACUUAUCCAGCCAGUAGUGAUGGUGCUUCAUCAGACACGGAUGAUGAUGGCGAAUUGGCACAUUGUAAACUAAUAACUUUAAAAAAUUGCCGAUCUGUUGCUCUUGCUAGUGAACUUGCACCAGUUGUUGGUACAAAAAUGGAUGUUGGUGGUACACGCUGUAUCGAUCCACAAACCAAAGAGCUUAGUUAUAAUCCGAAAUAUGAAGAACUUUUCCAACCUAUGGCUGGACCUUCAAAUCCUUUCAAAUCAGCCAAUCAGACUGCGCCAAAAAAUAUGUUAACUGGUUUUGUGGAAUCAGCUCAUGUGAACAAUUUUCAAUUUGAACAGCAGAUCAGAUCUUUCGACACAUUAGGAUUUGCUCGUGAUCCAUCUGCUAGUCAAUCUGAUCAGUUUGUCGGAGAUGCAAAAAAGGCUCAGGAACUACAAGGUGCAGGUCUUUUUGAAGGACAAAAAACAGGUGGAGAAAAACGUAGGAGGAAACGAAAUAUGGACCCCAGUGAUGUUGAAGGAUAUACUGGACCAUGGGCAAGAUUUGAGGACGAAGUGGAAGUAUCAAGGCCUGAUUCGGAAUUAGCGAAGGAGUUGGAAGAAAUCGUGAGGAAACGUCAAAAAAAUAGUCGUGCUGGUCGUAAAGCAGCACAGCAGCAAGAAUUUAUUGCGGAUGAAUCUUCUACAUUACAUUUGAAAGAAGCAGAAGAUUAUCUGGGACGUUCAUUUAUACAUGCUCCACAGUAUAUUGGUGUAAAUUUGCGUGAGGAUCAUGUACCAGAACGUUGCUUUAUACCCAAAAAACACAUCCACACUUAUCGUGGGCAUAACAAAGGCAUCAAUUGUCUACGAUGGUUCCCGAAGAGUGCGCAUUUGUUCCUCAGUGCUGCUAUGGAUAGCAAGAUCAAAUUAUGGGAAGUCUAUGGAAAGCGGAGUGUAGUAAGGACAUAUGCAGGACACAAAAUGUCAGUUAAAGAUGUCACCUUUAACAGUGAUGGCACCGAAUUCCUUUCAGCAUCUUUCGAUAGAUAUAUAAAAUUAUGGGAUACUGAAACAGGCCAAGUUAAACAACGAUUCCACACUGGUCAUAUACCAUUUUGUGUAAAAUUCAAUCCAGAUGAAGAUAAGCAAAAUAUGUUUUUAUCAGGCAUGCAAAAUAAAAAAAUCCUGCAGUGGGAUACUCGGACAGGUGAAAUUGUUCAGGAAUAUGAUCGUCACUUAGGCGUUGUCAAUUCUAUUACAUUUUUUGAUAAAAAUCGAAGAUUUUGCUCAACUUCUGAUGAUAAAUCAAUUCGAAUAUGGGAAUGGGAAAUCCCUGUCGAUACAAAACUUAUUCAGAACGCUGGUUUACACUCGAUACCAACGAUGACGAAGUCCCCAACAGAAAAGUGGAUAGUUGGUCAAUCAAUGGAUAAUCGUAUCGUAUUAUUCCAACUAAUUGACGAUAAAUUACGGUUUGCCAAGAAGAAAGCAUUCAAGGGACAUAAUGUUGCUGGUUACGCUUGUUCAGUGGAUUUCGCACCAGAUAUGAGCUUCCUAACAUCGGGUGACGCGGAUGGCAAGGUAUUCAUUUGGGAUUGGCGAAAUCAUAAAAUAGUAGCGCGAUGGAAAGCACACGAUGACUGUGUUAUUGCAACAUUGUGGCAUCCGCACGAAACUUCCAGAAUGAUAACCGGAAGCUGGGAUAGUGUGAUCAAAAUGUGGUCCUAA